AGAUACAGAUGUCGAGCCAUCAGCUUGCAUGCUGCUGCUGCGUACGUACACCUGUCUGCUACCUUUCUUUCUGGCAUUACAAGUGUUAGAUCACGCCCGCCCGCCUUGCAUUCAGAUCGCGCGCUUGACCAUGCCGUACAACCGAAGAUCCGUUUCAGCCCUACGACGGCCAACCACCACACCCUGUGGCGAUGAACCUUCACUAUCCAACUCCAUCUUGUCUCUUCCAUCCAACACCCUCUCCGCCUGCUUAUACGCCCUCCUCUCCCUCUUCUCAUUUUGUUCCCACUCCGACGGUGACCACAGCAGGGCCGUGGAGCCAGGCAUGCUCUCAGCCACAAACAACGCCGCCACACCGGAGGAGGGCGCUGGAGGAUACGGCGGCCUGUUGCUGAGGAAAAUAGGGGUCGGAAUACUGGCGGCCGCCUAUGUGGGGAUGAUUCUGAUGGUUUUGCUGGUGGCGGCGGCGGUUUUGGGCGUGGUGGUGGUGAGUUGGUGGGUGGAGGAACCUGUGUUGUUGAGGGAGAGAGUGAACUUUGACUAUACUGAAGCGCAUCCCAAGGCCACCUUCUCUUUCCACGAGCAGUAUUAUAAGGGUGGUAACUUCCUCGUCAAACACAAGACUCUCGGUGUGCCCGUUGGCCAUACCUUUUAUGUUUCUUUGCUUCUGCUAAUGCCUGAGUCGGAUUAUAACAGAGAGCUUGGGAUCUUCCAGGUGAAUGCAGAACUGUUAUCCAAUGGUAGUGGUGUGAGGACAAGCAGAUCAAGCCAUCCAUGCAUGUUGCAAUUCAGAAGCCAACCAAUCCGGCUCAUGAGAGAACUGAUUUGGGGUCUACCCCUCCUCUUGGGAAUAACGACUGAAACCCAGAAGUUAGUUAUCCCCAUCAUAAGGCACAAGGAGAGCCAUCCAAGAACCGAGGCCAUCCGCCUGACCCUGAUGCCACGUUCCGGAACCCAAGAGCUCCCGCAGAUAUACGGAGCUGAGAUCAUCCUCAAAUCUCAUCUUCCUUGGAUGAAAGAGGUGUUGCAUAGAUGGAAAUGGACAUUCUACGUGUGGGCGACAUUGUACAUUUACAUUGCUCUCCUCAUAGUCUCCCUGUGUUGCUUCAGACCACUCAUCAUCCCAUUCGUGAGUGCAAGGCACGUUAUGGAGUACCCCGAGGACGAAAGUUUGAUGUUACAAGCCUCCGAAGAAAGGGAGGAGAGAGGCGUGUUCGAGACAUUGAAGAGGCGCAGGAUGAGUAGGAAUAGAAGGAAGGCUACGGUUGAGCAAAAAACUGUGGUCGAGCCUCCGCCAGUGGUGGUGGUCGACUCUUCUGCUACAAGUUAUACGAUAAGCGGAGAUGAUGCAGACCCACCUCAUGAAGAGACAGAGGAUUCAGAAUCUAUUUGCUUCGGAAGUGGAGUUGAGGAAUAACUCAAUGACAUCAUAUAGUAUAUGUAUAAUCUCAAAAACAAACCGUCGUUUUUAUAUAUCCCUGGUCUGUUUUUUUUUUUUUUUAAAUUUCAUGUAUAGUAGUGUGUUCUUA